CUGCAGUGCACUAUAGAAGUACCAGGUGUUCAAUUUAGCAAAUUAUUUAAUUCCUUUAACGCUGCAAAUUUUAUAGCCGCCUUCCAUUGACUACGGAGUGAUCUGUCAAGAACUGCUUGCCUUGAGAGAAGUUUGACAGCUGCCUUUUUCAUUAGGGAAGCCACAGUGAACUCUUGGAACACAAGAAAAUGGGGGAUAAAGAAUUGAUGUGGGCCUUGAAAAAUGGAGACCUUGACGAGGUUAAGACUCUAAUGAAGGAUGAGGAUGUGAACAGGACCCUGGAGGGUGGCAGGAAGCCCCUGCACUAUGCUGCUGACUGUGGCCAGGCUGAGAUGCUGGAGUUCCUCCUCUCCAAGGGAGCAGAUGUUAAUGCCCCAGACAAACAUGACAUCACUCCGCUGCUCUCUGCCACGUACGAGGGUCACCUCACCUGUGUCAAGAUCCUGCUAGAAAAGGGAGCUGACAAGGAGCAGAAAGGACCAGACGGACAGAGCGCCUUCGAAGCAGCCGAGACCGACGCCAUCAAGGCUCUCCUCAAGUGAGACGGGAGCCUAGAAGGGACGGAUGCAGCAGUGGUCCCCCAGACAGACCAGAUGGACACACCCCUUCCCCCGACCUCUGUCUUUAGCACUGCUUUGUCUGUUUGCACUUUUUGUGUUUUUUCUUCCUUUUUUGUUUUGUUUUUUAAGUUGUAGGGAUUCUCUCUUCUUGCCUCUUCAGUAGCCAUUGAAUGGAUGGACUUGUCAAUCAUGUCUCCCUUGGGGACCAAACACUGAGGGGAAAAGCACCGACUUGGACCCUCCCAGAACACACAAGGAUGCAAUGUAAAAAAAAUGAGUAGAGCUUAACACUUAAAUAUGAUCGCUCUCAAGUCCUGUGUGCACUCCUUGCACAAAGAUGUUGGCAGAAAAACCGGAGACAUUCAAUAGUGUUCAAUUUUGUUGGC